AUGGAAGCAAACGGUAUUCCGCGAGCAUUCGUGAGAGGGCCUACAGAACCACCAAUUUAUUCGAAAACCUUUGGCCAGUUGCUCGAUGAGCAGGCAGCUAUUCACGGCAAGAGACCUGCAAUAUUAUCGCCAUGGCAGGGAAUAAACCUCUCCUACGAUGAACUAGCACAACGGAGCAAGCAUGUCGCCAAAGCCUUAUUAGGGAUGGGCUUGGCAUACGGCGAUUGUGUCGGCAUCAUGGCUGGCAAUUCAUGCCAGCAUAUCGAAGUGCUUAUGGGAGGGGCACGCAUCGGAUGUCCUGUCGUGUCUCUGCAUAGCACAUACACCCCUGAGGAGCUGAAGAGGGCCGUACGGAAAACCACAUGCAAGCUCCUCUUCAUCGCAUCUCACAUUGGCCGUCGAGACCUCUCCGCUCAUGUGGAAAUGGCGAAGGAUUGGCUGUCGUCAGGCGCACUUCCAAAUCUACGUGGGGUCCUUACUAUCGGACAGAGUGACUAUGAUGGCUAUGCUCAGGGUCUACACACGUACGAGACCCUCUUUUCGGAGUACAAAGAAGGUGUAACGGCGCCUGAGGUCGAUGCAACAUUUCUGCUCGACUUGGCAGAGAAGGCCGUGACACCCGACGACGUGAUCUAUCCGGUUAACCAGUGCACAGGCACCACGGGCAACCCCAAAGCAGGAAUGUUAACAGCCACUACCCUCCUUGGAUGUGGUUUUCUAGCCGGCGACCGCUUAAGCCUUACUCCGAAGGAUAUUAUCUGCUCUCCAGCUCCGCUAUUCCAUAGCUUCACUUUUGUAGUAGGGCUUCUUGCUUCCUUGACGCAUGGUAGCGCAAUUGUUCUCCCGUCGGAUCACUUUUCUGCACAUGCAGUCCUGGAAGCUAUAAAGAAGCAAGCACCUACUCUCCUACUAGGUGUCCCCACCAUGUUCGUGGCGGAGUUGGACGCUAUGGCAAAAGGGCAGGCCGACACUUCCCUCCGGGCGGCUGUGGUGGGAGGCUCUCCUAUGCCGUCCGCGUUGACAAAGAACAUCUGUGACGUGAUGAAGAUAAAGGAGGUCCAUGUCGUAUAUGGUAUGAUGGAAGCAGGUGUUAUGUUCAUGGGCUCCUUUAACGGGCUAGAAGAGUCAACAGGAAUGGUAGGACACGUGAUGCCGCAUGUCUCUGCAAAGGUCUUGAAUAGAAGCGGCGAGGUGGCCAGCCGAGGGGAAAAGGGCGAACUUUAUACGAGUGGAUACUCCUUGCAAAAGGGAUACUUUGACGACGAAGAGAAGACGGCGGAGGCGAUGACACGGGAUAAAGACGGACACAUCUGGAUGCGCACGGGAGACGAAGCCAUCAUCGAUGAGAAUGGCUGCUGUUAUAUUACGGGGAGGAUCAAAGAUAUUAUUAUUAGAGUAGGCGGGGAGAACAUCUCACCCUGGGAAGUCGAGAGUCGACUCGCUUCACAUCCGUCCAUCAGUGAAGCAAGUGUGUUCGGUCUACCGGACACAAAGUAUGGGGAGGUUGUGGGGUGUUUCUUGAAAUGUGCGCUUGGUGCGGAGAGGUUGUCGAACGAGGAGGUGCAGGACUGGGUGAGAAAGACUUUAGCCUGGCAUAAGACACCAGUGCACAUAUUUUGGAUCGGAGACCCUGGCGUUGCGGACGACUUCCCGAGAACAGGAAGUGGUAAGCACCAGAAGCAUGUCAUGAAGAACAUCGGGGAAAGGCUCAUUGCUGCUAAGAGUACAGUAUUAUGUGACCGCAGGUCGAUCUGUGAACUCAAUGAUAAGAUCAUACACUGCAUCUAA